UCUAUGCUCUCUAUUUUUAAGCAAAAUCGGGUUAUACCUGGCAGGUUCUUCUUUGAGUGCGCUCAAUUUGUUGGAAAGGCCCUGCAGCACAAGAUGUUUCCUCACAGCAUUCUGACACCACAGCAACUGCCUUGUUUUCCUGGAUGAUGUGACCUCGAGUGGUCUGGAGCCCUCUGAUCUUUGGAAGACGAUUCAGCAAAGGUUGAAAUACCCCUCUGGAUGGGACUCCAAGGAGCCUCAUGAUGGUUGUUAGCUCCAGCAAAGCUGGCUUGGUUUGCCUGUGUUGCUGGGACAGAUUGUCUAGUUUGAAACAACAAUAAGUUUUGUGUAAGGCAGGCACCUAAAACCAGAUUAGUAGAGAAUUUCUUCUGUGACGGUUUAAACAUUUUUCAGAUAUUGUUUUUCUAGCAUUCAGCCAAGAGUUGUAGCUCGUAGCUGGAAAUUACCUUUCAACAUAAUUGCUAAGCUAAGGCCCAUGGUUUGAGAGCUGUUGGUAAUUCACAGUUUUGAAGAGAACCUGUUGCUGGUGGGUUUCAAACUUCCCAACAUAAGAAGUAGGUUUGAGUUUUGUAGCUGGCUGGAUGUGCUAAAAUGUGAGAGCAGGAGGUAAGGUGUUGCAUCGAACGGCAAACAGGAAAGAGGUAGUGGGAAAAAGAUCAAAUUGUAGGAAAGUCGUGUAUGGAAAGGAAAUAGUAAAAAAAAGUUAAGUGGGCCACAGCUUCCAAGAUAAUUUUGAAAGUUCUGACUUAGAGGUGAGGACUGCAUGUGAGGUAUUUUUCACAGGACAGGUAUUUUCUCAAAGCUGUGUAGGCUUAACUUUACAGCUUGUUAAGUGUUUUGCAGAGUUGAUAGGAAAUACCUUUGCUACUGAAGUGAAAACUUGAAGCUGCUAAGAAGCUAAUGUCAGAAAAAACCAGUAAGUACUGUGCAUGCUUCAAGGAGAACCUGCGAUUAGCUGUUUUCUCCUCAUUGAGAAGCACAACUGACUGAACAACCCCAUCUGUUUUGACAUGAUUGAAGAAGCCUACAUGACGAAAUGUGGACACAGCUUCUGCUAUAAAUGUAUUCACCAGAGCCUGGAGGACAAUAACAGAUGUCCCAAAUGCAACUACGUUGUGGACAACAUAGAUCAUCUUUAUCCCAACUUCUUAGUUAAUGAAUUAAUUCUUAAACAGAAGCAAAGAUCUGAGGAGAAAAGACUCAAACUGGACCAUUCAGUGAGUAGCACCAAUGGCCACAGGUGGCAGAUAAUUCAAGAUUUGUUGGGAACUGAUCAAGACAAUCUUGACUUAGCCAAUGUCAACCUUAUGCUGGAGCUACUGGUGCAAAAGAAGAAGCAGCUGGAAGCAGAGUCUCAUGCUGCCCAGUUGCAGAUCCUUAUGGAAUUUCUUAAAGUUGCCAGGAGAAACAAACGAGAGCAAUUGGAGCAGAUCCAGAAGGAGCUAAGUGUUCUGGAAGAAGAUAUUAAACGAGUAGAGGAGAUGAGUGGCCUGUACUCCCCAGUCAGUGAGGACAGCACAGUGCCACAGUUUGAGGCCCCUUCACCUUCACACAGUAGUAUUAUUGACUCCACUGAGUAUAGCCAGCCUCCAGGCUUCAGCGGCAGUUCUCAGACCAAAAAGCAGCCGUGGUAUAACAGCACGCUCGCCUCGCGACGCAAGCGCCUCACAGCUCAUUUUGAGGACCUAGAGCAAUGCUAUUUUUCUACCAGGAUGACUCGUGUCUCGGAUGACAGCAGAACCACCAGCCAGCUGGAUGAGUUUCAGGAGUGUCUGUCCAAGUUCACGCGCUACAAUUCUGUCCGACCGCUGGCAACGCUGUCUUACGCUAGUGACCUCUACAAUGGUUCCAGCAUAGUAUCCAGUAUUGAGUUCGACAGAGACUGUGACUACUUCGCCAUUGCUGGUGUGACAAAGAAGAUAAAAGUCUACGAAUAUGGUACAGUCAUUCAGGAUGCAGUGGAUAUUCACUACCCUGAGAAUGAAAUGACCUGUAAUUCCAAAAUCAGCUGUAUCAGCUGGAGUAGUUACCACAAGAACCUGCUAGCCAGCAGUGACUAUGAAGGCACCGUCAUCCUUUGGGAUGGAUUCACGGGACAGAGAUCCAAGGUCUACCAGGAGCAUGAGAAAAGGUGCUGGAGUGUGGACUUUAAUUUGAUGGACCCUAAGCUGUUGGCUUCAGGCUCUGAUGAUGCCAAAGUGAAACUGUGGUCUACCAACCUGGACAACUCAGUUGCAAGCAUUGAGGCCAAGGCUAACGUGUGUUGUGUCAAAUUCAGCCCAUCUUCUAGGUAUCACCUAGCUUUUGGCUGUGCAGAUCACUGUGUACACUACUAUGACCUUCGCAACACUAAGCAGCCCAUCAUGGUGUUCAAAGGCCACCGCAAGGCAGUUUCCUAUGCAAAAUUUGUGAGCGGGGAAGAAAUCGUUUCUGCAUCUACAGACAGUCAGCUGAAGCUGUGGAACGUAGGCAAGCCUCACUGCUUGCGCUCCUUCAAGGGUCACAUCAAUGAGAAGAACUUCGUAGGGCUUGCGUCCAACGGAGACUACAUUGCCUGUGGAAGUGAAAAUAAUUCCCUUUACUUAUACUAUAAGGGCCUCUCAAAGACACUGCUGACAUUCAAGUUUGAUACAGUCAAAAGUGUCCUGGACAAGGACCGGAAAGAGGAUGACACAAAUGAGUUUGUGAGCGCGGUGUGCUGGAGGGCACUUCCAGAUGGGGAGUCCAACGUGCUUAUUGCUGCUAACAGUCAGGGUACAAUUAAGAGUUUUACACUGCUUUGUCACUGUCAUGAAGCUGAGGUCCUGAUUGUCCCUCAUAUCCCUGUGGCAAUAGCAGUUCUCUGGACCUAUACUAGAGCUGCUGGUCGGAAACCUGGAAAAAUCACCAAAAAUGCAAGAAUGGUGAGAAACCCAAGUGUUUAACUGCGUACCAGGAUUUUUUCCCCCUUUUUUAGGACACUAAAAGGCUGCGUUACUCCUGCUGUUGCAGCAUGUGAUGCUGUAGCCUCUCAUUCAUAGCAGUUUUAUUUAUAUAUCAUGUUUUGGAAUUGGUUGGUGGUUAUUUUGGUCACCUACUCCUUAGGCAAAUGGACAAAAUGCACAGAUGCUUUUGAUAUUUUGAAGUGAAUCCAGCAGCAAGAGCAGUGAUUAGAGAGGAGAGAUUUUGCUCAUGCACUUAGCUUGUUAAUGAAAGAAGGCGCAAAGAAAUGUGCAGGCAGCCAGGGCUGUCAGAACUCUGGUAUCUCCAUUUGCCUUUGAUGGCAUGCAGGGGGAAGGUAGAAUGGUCUGAGAAAGGCCUGGGUGUGCCCAAACCCACACCAGUCUGGAGCCAGAUGCCAUACUGGGUGUUACCCAUGAGCUACAGCUCCAGAGCUUUUCCCAGUAAAGCUGAACCAAGUUAGUGCAGACUACAGCAGCCCCACAGGCACUUUUCUGCUGUCUCUAGUCUGUGCCUUCAGAGGCUGCUGUUCCAUCCCAGCCUGGACAAGGGAAAUAAGAGCACAGAGAGUUGGGAUGACAAAAGCUGUGAUCUCUGUUACAAGAUUUCCAAGAGCUGUGUGAUUGAGAUGAGGGGAAAUGAGGCAUCUGUGGAUGAUUUUGCUUCAUGACUAAUUUAUCAUCACACAAGCAGACAUCAAAAUUGGGAUGCUUGCCAAGUGCUUUUCUCAUUUGUGGGAUAUUAUUGCAUGCUGGUGAAUAAGGGGUAAGGGGUGAAGACGGAAGGGUCAGUCCUGUUUUAGUGAUCUAUAUGCUGACGUAGGAAAUAAUGAAUGUCAUAAA